AUGAAUUCCUUGGACUUGUAUGAAGGCCUGCAGAGGGUGAUAGAAGACAUGGAUUUGAUCAAGAGAGAAGCGAAGGUGAUCCUCACAGACAAGCUCAAAGUCGGAGAUCAGUUGCAGAUACGUUUCUCUGCGACUGUAUCUUCCUCCACUGGGCAGAAAAGCACAAUGGUGGGCUUCGAUGAUGUCUUGCUUGAACUCAUGGAUAAGCUCACCACGGGGCCGCUCGAUUGCCACGUCAUCCCUAUUGUGGGGAUGGGCGGAAUUGGUAAGACUACUCUUGCCAAAAAUAUUUAUGCACACUCAAUAAUUAAGGAGCAUUUUGAUGUUUGUGCUUGGGCUAAAAUCUCUCAACAAUAUAACUCGAGAGAAAUUCUUUGCGAACUUGUUUAUCAAGCCAAUAAAGAAGGCAACUUAAAAUUGAGAAAAAUGAGGGAAGAUGAAGUAGGGCUAGCACUCCACAAAAAUCUAUCACAUAGAAGGUUCUUGAUUGUGUUGGAUGAUAUGUGGAGUGUUGAGGCAUGGGAGAAGAUACAACGCUUUUUUCCAGACAAUAGUAAUAGUAGUCGGAUAGUGGUGACAACUAGGUUAUCCAAUUUGAGUUCUCAAUUGGAUAACAACAACUAUAGCCUUGAAGUGAAAUUUCUAGAUAAGGUUAGUAGUUGGAAUUUGUUCUCCAAAAUUGUGUUUGGGGAGAAAAGCUGCCCUCUUGAACUCGAGAAAGUCGGAAGGAAGAUAGUAGAGAAUUGCAGAGGACUUCCAUUGUCAAUUGUUGUGACGGGAGGUCUUUUGGAAAAACAGGAGCAUACAAAAGAAUGUUGGGAAUCUUUUGGGAGGCACUUAAGCUCAGUAGUGAAUUUGGAGAACGAUGAACAUUGCUUGAAAAUAUUGAAAUUGAGCUACGACCAUUUGCCGGUUCAUCUAAAGCCAUGCUUUCUUUAUAUGGGAGUGUUUGAGGAAGAUAGAGAAAUUCGAGCUACAAAAAUAAUCAAGCUAUGGGUUUCUGAAGGAUUUCUAAAGCCAGUAAGCGGGAAAAGUUUGGAAACAAUUGCACGAGAGUGCUUAAAGGAUCUGAUUGAUAGAAAUCUGAUUCUAGAUAUGUUGGGAACAACUGGAAAUGUUAAGUACUGCAUAAUUCAUGACUUGUUGAGAGAUCUAUGCUUGAUAGAAGCUCGAAAGGAGAGGUUUUAUCAUGUGGUGGGAGGUACAUAUAGCCAACGCCGCAUUGUUAUUCCCAGAAGUACUUCCAAAGAGAGGGUCAUUGACGCCUUGGAAUCAAAGCCACUCGCCCGUUCCUAUAUAAGCGACAAUGCAACUAUUCGACGGCUGCCCAACUCGAGAUUCUUGAGAAUAUUGGAAGCAUAUGAGAGAUAUGGAAAUCAAUAUUUUGGGCAUAGUUAUGUUUUAAGGAAUAUGUUUGAGUUUGUAAACUCGCGGUAUCUUGCUGUUGGAGCUCAUCGUCACGCGAAACUGCCUACUUCCAUCGAUCAGCUGUGGAAUCUGCAGACGUUGAUCGUUGCUCAUCCAAGGAAAGUGGAUGCACCGGUUGAGAUUUGGAAGAUGCCUCAACUUAGGCAUGUCAUCUUCUAUAAACGGGAAUUGCGUCUCCCAGAUCCUCCUAGUGAGCACUUUGUGAUCAUGGAGAAUCUGCAGACGCUCAAGGGGAUAAGGAAUUUCAAGUGCGAUCAAGAGGUGGUAAAGAGAAUUCCUAAUAUCAAGAAAUUGGGAUUGACAUAUAGCAAGGAUAAGGGGAUUGGGGUGCAUGAUGAUGAUUAUGAUUACUAUUGUUUAGGAAAUUUCGAAUGUUUGCUUAAAUUGGAAUCUCUUAGCUGCAAGGGUAGUCGAUUUGAUGAUUAUGUGCACAUGGCAACCUUCCCACACUGUCUAAGGAAGUUGAGUCUUGAAGCAAUUCUGUUUUAUUGGCAAGAAGUGUUGGAAAAGAUAAGUUGGUUGCCCCUUCUUGAGAAGCUUGAAUUGACGUGUGGACACUUUAGAGGAGGCGAGUGGGAAACGAAAGAAGGUGGAUUCCGCAGCCUCAAAUUCUUGUCGUUGAACUUUUGUUUCAACUUUGAGCAGUGGACGACGGAGAGCUCUCACUUCCCAUGCCUUGAGCACCUUUAUCUUCGCGGAUUAGAAAAGUUGAAGGAGAUCCCUACAGAGAUCGGGGAUAUAGUGACGCUCCGGUCAAUUGUGUUGGAUUUUUGCUGUGAAUCAGCGGAGGAAUCUACGAGACAGGUGGUGGAGAAACAAGAGGAAUUACAAAGAGAGAUUGCAGUUGUGGUCAGGAGGAUGAACCGAGAGUUGGACACAUACAAAGUUUUAAAACAUGGGUUUAAAGCAAAAAUAAGCAGGAAAUUAGCACAAAGUAUCUAA